AUGCCAGUGACCCCUGUGAGGCCGUCGGUCUCCACGCCACGCUGGGCAGGGUCCGGGAACCAGCGCGCGGCGGCUUUCGCCUUCCGCUGCACGCCCGCACCUGGGCCCCGGUCGCCGCCAGGUGUCACGGGCGCGCCGCCCUGGUCAGCUCAGUCGGACCCACAGCCGCCUCCUCUGCCAGGCUCCCUCUUGCCAGCUGCCCCGAAAACCCAGAAGGGCCGGUGGCUCCGAGCCAAGGCGGGCCUGCGUGGAGGCCUCGGCGGCCCUCUGGCGCUGCGGGCUGGGGACUCCGGGUCCCCGGGACACGCGCUAGGGCGCGGGCCGCGGUGGCUACGGGCAGGGGGCGCAGCCGCGCUCCUUCCUCUCCGCCUGCGCCGCCUCCGCGCGCACUGGCUCUGCGCGGCGUGGCCCGGCCUGCGCGGCUGUCGCCUCCAUCCCGGCGGCCUCCGAGCCCGGCCGAGGUUGGUAGAGGAAGGCGGUGGGAACGCUCCCGGCCUCCCCCGGAGCGCUAGCUGGAGGCUGGCGCCGGGCGCGGAGGACUCCCGGUAUCCUUUGGCAGGCGGGCGCCUUGGCUCUGGGGACCCGCAGGAAUCAGUUUAGACUUGAAAUUCAGUUUUUCCUGAAACUGAUCAGAAGUUACCUUGAUUGGAUCCGUUUUCUUGUCAG